AUGUCGAAAAGGCAUCUACGUAAUGACAGAGUCAACGAUGAUCAGGAUAGACGCUCUCCAAGCGUCAGGUCACUAGAAAGUGAGGAAGGUAUGAGCCGAGUCUCUCGUGAGCCCGAGAUCGUCAUGCUGUCACCGAGUCCCGGCCCCAAGGCGGUUGCUGAACCGGCGGUGGGACCCAAAGGGUCUUCUUCUACAAAGGAUAGAGAAGCGCCUUCCAGAUCUCCCAAGUCCCCUCAUCACCUCCCGCUCCGCUUCCGCUCCUCGCCACUAGCACUAAGACCGCUUGUCACGGACACCACCGUCCCACAACACCACCGACGAAAGUCUUCAUCUUCGCAUGAUCAGGUCCGCGGUGGAGCUGGUUCUCCACGAUACUCGAGCUCUCCGCGAAGUCCACUCGCACCUGGUCACCCAACACGACCGUCAUAUCAUCAUAUAGCGCCUUUUUACUCCUCUCCCCAUGCCAGAGAGUACGACCACCGACCUCCUUUAUACCCCCAUCCGCCUCACCAUGCGCCUCACGCAUAUGGCCCGUAUUCGCCUGCACCACCCGGCUAUCCCCACCGCCACCACUCCUCUUUGCCUCCCAUCCAUACCCAACAAGCAGAAUACUACCCCACACCGAUCAGUACCGACAGAUUCUAUCCCCCUAUACCUCCCCCAGGCCAUCCACACCCCCGCACUUAUCCUCACGCCUACGAAGCAUACUACCUUCCCUACCCCCCGCAUUCGUAUGUCUACCCGCCUCGCAGGGAGCCUGGGUACCGUGUGCCAUCGUCUGCACGGAGAUCAAGGCUUCACGGCCAUCCUUACGCGCCUCCGCCGGGACGAGGAUAUGCGAAAGAUGGGAUGAGGUAUCAUUCUGCUGGACCGGUGCCCUCGGAGGGGCAUAGGAAUCUGGCUGCGGGUCCGAGUGCGGGGGUGAGGGAGAGGAGAAGUCCGGCAAGUGCUAUCGUCCCUAGGGGUGCUGGCGGUGCAAACUUCAAAUCGCUGAGGAAGCGAGCGGACGAUGUGCAGCUUUCGAUCCUCAGUGACGUCUUCCAGCGUACGGCUUACCCAACGACGGAGGAAAGAGACAAGCUCGCUCGACAACUAGGAAUGACGUCGAGGAGUGUCCAAAUCUGGUUUCAGAACCGUCGUAGAGCGGUGAAAGUCGAUCAACAAUCAGCAGCCCAACGAGCGGAAGCUGAAUACCGCGAGCUGGCCGUAAAUUCCCGGACGCAUGGCAUGUUACCGGGCGCUAUGUACGCCGAAAGGAGACCAAUGUCUGGAGAGCUUAGGACCCCCGAUGAUGUUGUUGAGGAGAGGGAAGGGGUCGUGAGAGAGGACGCAGGAGUGAAGAGAGAGAGGGUCUCGCCUUGA